ACGGACCGUUAUUUCUGCUGCACGCUUCCGCUUCUGAUGCCGAUACGAGAAAGGAAAAUAUCAAAUCCAUAUGAGAAGCAUCCAUCCUCCUGCUGAGUUGAAGCCAGUCGGAGUAGCACAUUUACCUCCACUAUGGAGGACGGACACAGUAUGCACAUCACGAUUCAACGAGGCACGACCCUCCCUACCCUGAAGCGAUGCUCCACAUGCUGCAACGACUACCACUGCCCGUUCUGCUGCACAACGCUGUUCCGCCCACAGAAGUUCAGCAAAGUCCGAUGCCAUUUAGACAGCCAUUUUAACAGGGCGGUUGUCCACCAAGGAUAUACGAUUCACAGAUGUGGAUUAAAAUGCCGACCAAAAUGGCAUUACCACUGCGUCUAUUGUGGGUCAAUGCUGUCACGUAAACCAGACUUCUUAAAACACUUGUUUUUGUGCAAGACAAAGAAGGACCUUGCACUAACUACCACCACCCCAGCUCCACCCACCACCACCCCAGCUCCACCCACCACCACCCCAGCUCCACCCACCACCACCCCAGCUCCACCCACCACCACCCCAGCUCCACCCACCACCACCCCAGCUCCACCCAACACCACCCCAGCACCAACCACCACCACCCCAGCUCCACCCAACACCACCCCAGCACCAACCACCACCACCCCAGCUCCACCCAACACCACCCCAGCACCAACCACCACCACCCCAGCUCCACCCAACACCACCCCAGCACCAACCACCACCACCCCAGCUCCACCCAACACCACCCCAGCACCAACCACCACCACCCCAACACCACCCAACACCACCCCAGCACCAACCACCACCAUCCCAGCUCCAACCACUGCCCAAACUGAAUUGCGUCAAAGGGUUCUUGUGAAACCUGUAGUGCAAAAAGAAUGUCCCAUAUGCAAAGUUCUUAUGAACACAAGAAAUUUAAAAAGGCACAUAGAAAGGAAGCACACGAACAAACAUCAGGACAUAAUGAUAACCUCCCACCUCCAGAGUGAAUGCAUAGAUCCUGAGAAUGGAGUCUAUGCCGUCCACAAGUCCUUUCUGGGCACCAGUGUUCCUUUACAUGUUCAGAAUAAGAUCUGGGGGGAAAACCUGCGUGUUUGUUGUGAGUCAGCUGAGUGCCAGGAGAACAUGGAGCUGGCGUGGCAGAAUGGAUUCAAAGCGUAUCAAUGCAUACACCUCAAAUCAAUCCCAUACUGUACAUCGUAUGCCUCCUCUUCUGUGCUCCUGGAAGAAACACUUUCUGAGAUGGUGAGCAGCCAGUGGUUUGGUGAGGAUGAAAAGAAGAUGUGUCUCAAUCUGCAAAGUCUGGCCGAACAGAACCGUCUGCCUCUGUCUGUUCUCUCAAAAAUGGGAACCCCCGAAACAAAGAAAUACUUAUCCAUCUUUGAGCCCACAGUUUCAGACUAUAGUCGACUUGGAAGAGUCAUGGUGUCGUUCGACACAGAAAAGGAAUCAUGGGAUUGUCCUUGUGUGUCGACACAGACGUCCUGCCUCCACGAAUGUGUUGCCAAAUGGCACCUAUUUCAGACUCACCAUAAGCUGUUGGUCCGAAGCACUGAGGAGGAGGAAUGGCCAAGUCCCUCACCAACGACGGACAAAGACAGUCACGAUGAGGCUGAUGCUGAUGUUGAUGACAGUCAUUAUCCACCAAAACAUGAAAAAGUGAUCAAAGGCAUGGUUCAGUACCUUCUAAAGAGCAAGAAGUUACCUGCUGUCCUGCCAGAGCAGUUUUGGCUUCCAUCGAUGGAAACGCAAUACCCAAAGCAUCUGAUUCCAGAGGAGAUGAUGUGCCAGCUCUGUCCACAACAUGUUCCCCUCAGCGACCCAGUCCUCAUCACCAACAAGGCCAAGAUCCUCACCAGCAUCCGUAUCGUUGAAGAUGUUUCCACCUACUGUAAAUCAUGUCAUCAAUGUGGAACCUUCUACCGGUACCAGGAGUGGAAAGACGGCCUCCACAACUUCAAUGACCGGAUACUCCUUGACCUCCCUUUAUGCAUGACCAUCAGGAACAUGCUGCAGGUCCAUACUGCAGUGAGCAGAGUGGUCGAGUACUUGGAGUUGACCACAGAAGUCCAGUACCCUCCAGCAGAUACAGUCCUCCAUGGCUAUCUUCACUUUGAAGCCCUGACAGACCAUGAAUAUGAGUAUUCUUGUGUGACCUGUGGUGAUCAUCCACCAGUGGUCAUCAUGGGCGUCCACAGGGGAGCCUUCCAGUGGUCAGUUAGUGACCUUCCACAGCCCCCAGGAGACUUCAGUGGAGAGGUGGAUGUUGGACUGUUUUGGGAAACACUGUCAAUGGAGAGGAUUGGUCGAGGAUUUGUAUCAGGUCACCGAAGCAAUCUAUUUGCUGUUUCGCCAACCUUCCACUUUUGGGCUCCAUGGAUUGGCAGAAACACCCGUCGUGCAGACUCUGUCCUAAACACAGAAUUUCAGAAGGUCCGUCCACCGAAACAAGCUGAGGUCUGUGAAUUCAGUGUCACAGAAGAGCAGCUGAGAGAUAAACUGUGGAAGCAGAAGGUUGAGGUGCUUCGGAAUCUGUGCAGGGAAUGUGGACUGGAUUCCUCUGGAUCACACACUGACCUCCUCCUGAGAUUGUCCAGUGAAAUGAAGUCCAGGCAAACAUACGACAAGGUUUUCCAGAAAAUAUGGGCAGCCUCAGGCGGUUGGGCUGUGAUCACGUGCCCAUGCGGUGUUGUGUACAGCAUCAAGUGCAACAUCCGAGCAGAAAGCCCCCGGGACUUUGCUGACCUCCUACUCUCUUGGACACACAUGCCAAACAUCGUCAUAUACGACUUUGCACGUGGACUCGCCACGCAUACGAAUCUAAGAGAACCUGACCGGUUGCCUUUCAGCCCAUUUGAAGGACGGUUACGGGCCCCAAGCACAGAUACCAUAUCAAGAGCCAAAAGUGGGAAUCUGAAGGUGUCUCUGCCAUGGCUGAACUCUAAGAAACCAGUAGCAGAUUGUGAUGGCCAUCCAGUAACUGGUUCAGCACAGCGUUAUGCUCUGUAUGACCAGUUCCAUGAGGAUGAUAAGAAGGAUCCCAGAGACGCCCUGAGGAGACUGGACCUGGUCCCACAACUAGCAGGAAACGUGAGCAGUCAAACAGUGGAGCAACUGUUUGCAAAGAUGAAAAAGAACAACUACUUCUUCAACAGGGUUUCACCUUCAACCCAUCUGUUCCUCAUGAGAAACCUCAUCCACCAUUACAACACUCACAGAAACAAGCAGCGAGUGGACACCGUGAAGAAGGCCUUUAAACCCGAGGUAGGCAUGGACAUCUUCAACCAGGCGGUGCUGGAGAUCUUCUGACCAACUUUAAAUACACCACACCGACCCCACACCGCUGGUUCUGCUUUCCUCUGCCAAUAGAAACAUUACAACUAAACUUCCAGACUGAAAAUGACUUUUUAGCCCAGAGCUGUCCGAUCCUGAACACAAACAAACUCACUGUGGAAUAAAGAACUGAGUCUUCCCUGGGCUGCAUUUUACCACCCGUCUUAUUGCUCACGUGCCUCAUUCUGUUGACAUAUCUACAUCUGUUGAAUAUUUUUUUAUUUGCACAUAGUUUUCUACUUUAUAUCUAUAGCUGGGAGUCACCAAUCGAAAUGACAAUAAAGAUUCUUGAUUAAUUAUU